ACGGGGUUUAAUUACAGGUAAGGCAGGCAAAACGCAGACAGACAAUACAAUGACUGGACUGGGGAAACAAACUGAAACGUGGACUAAAUACAGAGGACUAAUGACAGCAACCAGAAAGCUGAUGACACGUUGAUUCCACACGGGUUAACGAGGGGGCGUGGCACACGAAAGGAGCGGACGAUUGGGGCAGGACACAGCCGCAAGUGGGUCAUCGACAUUUCUGCCUGCAUCAUGCCACGCCCAUUCACCAAAUCUGCCCGGAUCCAUGACAAUUCUUAACUGCUCUGAUCUUGCAGAGUUGUGACCAAGUGUCUGAUUUUCUUUAAGCAAACAAAAUGAGUGGAUAACGUUAAACCAAUACAUUUAAACUCUUGGUGACGGUGCCUUUAUUCAGUGGUGACCAACUGGGUAACAGCAUUCCAGUUAUAAUAAAAAUCAGCUUGAAUAUGGUUGUUUCUGCACAUGUCUAAAUAUAGUUAAUCAGUCAGUUAAGACUCCCUUAAGAUCUCAAGUACAGUAUAUGAAUCUUAAAAUUACAGCUGCAUUCAUCGAAUGAUUUCAUUUACAAGAAUUCGACUCUUUUUUGUUUUUUUUGUCAAAUUCUAAAGUAUUAUCGCUACCGACUUCUUGAAAAUGCUAACAUACUUCGGUACUUUAUGCAUGGGCAGCUUGCAGGAUCGUACCCGCCAUCUAUUUUGUUUACUUAAUCGUGUUAUGGUAUUUGCCAGAAGAGUUGUACAGGCACCAAUGAACUACACAUGAUUUUUCCAAUGCUCCAUUAACCAGGUAACGAUUGAAGGAUUUUUGUCACAUGCAACGUAUCCAGACUAUAACCUGCAGUGAAACAAAAGGUGGUCAAAUCUGUCAUAAUCAAAUAGCAAUAUCAAUAAAAGAACAAAAAUUAAGUGUUUUAUCAGGUAUUUACCAGCUAUUGACUAGGUGUUGGAUUGCAGAAUGCAUUGAAUAUUUUUUGCAGUGCCACUAAACUCAGGCGAAUGAACACUGCUGUUUAAUAACAAAAGUUUUAUUUGUGUGCUAGCCUUCUAAUGUAAGAAAAACAUGUAUAAUUGGUUAGAAGAUAAAGGUUCAACUGGAUUUAAUAAUUUUCCACAGGAACCUUAAUGCAAAACAGGAGGUGGUGCUGUGGCUUAGCUGGUGAUAGAACUUGUCUAGUAAACAGGAGGUCCUAGUUUUGAAUUCCACCAGUAACUUGCAUCAUCUUCAAAAACCCUGGUGUUUUUUUUGCUUGGUGGGCAGUGUAUGGGUCUGCAGUUUAGGACAGAUGCCUGGUUUUGGAAGGUCACCAGGUCAAGUCUUGAUAUCAGCUGAAGGAUUUAACCCCAAUUGCUUCAGGGACUAGCUGACCAUGUUAUUUCAAAAGAAUGUUGCUAUCAAUAAAAUCAUUUGAUAAAUGGAUGUAAAAACCUUAUCACGUGUAAUUCGAGAAGAAACAAACCAUGCUGAUAGUUUUGUUUCAUGUGUGUAAUAGACUUUGCUUUAUAAUGGCUUAUAAAAACAAAAGCAUUAUUCCUUUCUCACAAAAAAACUGGUGCUUUGUAUUAAAAUUGUCUUCUAGGACUGUGGGUAAAACAUGCUUGAUGAUGAGCUAUGCCUACAAUGCCUUCCCAGGAGAAUACAUACCCACAGUGUUCGACAACUACUGCGCCAAUGUGAUGGUGGAUGGGGAGCCGGUGAAUCUGGGACUUUGGGACACUGCAGGGCAAGAAGACUAUGACAGAUUGCGUCCCCUUGCUUACCCUCAGACAGAUGUCUUUCUGGUCUGCUUCUCCCUUGUGAGUCCUGACACAUUUGAGAAUGUCCGUGCAAAGUGGUAUCCAGAGGUCAGAAACCAUUUCCCCAACGCUCCCAUUAUCCUUGUAGGCACCAAGCUUGACCUACGGGAUGACAAGGCCACCACUGCGGAGCUGAAAAAGGAAGGUCUCACCCCUAUCACCUCCUCUCAGGGUUUGGCCAUGACUAAAGCGAUCGGAGCGGUGAAGUACCUGGAGUGCUCAGCCCGGACUCAGUGUGGCCUUAAAACAGUGUUUGACGAGGUCGUCAGGGCGACACGCCACCCGCAGCCAGCCAAGAAGAAGAACAGGAACUGCCUGCUGCUUUAAAGCAAGGGUGUCAAACUCAUUUUAGUGAACAGGCCACACCGGAACCUGUGCAAACUCGUGUGGGCCACAUAAAAAUAAUGUUUGGUAGUUGACAGUCUAGGCCUAAUAAUGUAAUUUAGGUGCUUAUGUGUGAGCAAGAGUUCACAUCAAUAAAAUACGUUAAAUGUGUUUUUAUUAAUUAUCAAGAAAUCGUUUGCAUUUAGCUUGAUUGUACAGCCGAUAUGUUUUAUUAAAUUAUUAAUGUAUAUUAAGAUAUGUUUAUCGAUUAUUAUUUGGUUGACUUUAUACCACAAUGUGAGGUACAGAUGUACAUAUCCGUGAUUCCAGAU